CAUAGGUUUCGUAGAGUUGAAACAUAAGUUCGUUACCAGCAAAUAUAAAGCAGUUUAACUGCCGACAGAUAUUCAAUCACAUUGCACCAAAUUCAGAAAAAGCGAACUAACACACGCACAGAUCCGAUCGAUCGAUCCUUGAAAGUUGAAACCCACUCUCUAUAUCUCCCUAUACCAAACGCCCAAUUUCAGAAAGAUCCAAAAAGUGAAUAAAUCGGUUUUGUUUUAGCUGUCGGCGCAGAAAUUUAACUCGGAUUGAUCUCUUGUUGUUUUUGUUGGGGGAUUUGUUGGUUCUGAGGGUUUAAAGUGCUGCUUUAUCAAAAUCAGUUUGUGUUUGAAGAAGUGGGUGAAGCAUUAUGUUGUGUAGUGGUUAGUAUUUAAAUGGCUGGAAAAGAAAGUGGUGAAGGCAAUGGUAGAGAGCGAUUUGGGAAGUAUUGAGGAAGGCAGAAGUGAUGAGGUAACUGAUAGUGUUAACAGAGUACGAAUCAGGCGGGAACCUUCUUUCUCGGGUUGGUGUGAUGAAGAUGGAAUCCCUCGAUCAGCUCCAUUGCAUAAUGAGGGAGUGAAUGAAGAAGAUUUUGAUUUUGAGUUGCCUUUGGUUCAGCCGCAAGUAUCAGACAAAGGAACUAUAGACAGAGAAAGAUUUUAUUAUAGUGAAUCUCACCGCAGGAUGGACCAUAGUGGAAGCAAUGGUGGUGUUUCCACUAAUGGAUUGAGAAAUCAAAAUGAGUAUGUGCCUUUUGACGUUGAAAGUCGGCCUGAUGCUGAAAUAUAUUCCGGUAGCACCAAUGGCCUUAAUCAUGUUGAUUACAACGAUACAUCUAGGAAAAAGUUGGAGAACCCGGUUUCUGCUGCUGAUGUGCUGAAGACAUUGUUCUUUAUACUGGUUUGGUACACGUUCAGUACAUUUUUGACAUUGUACAAUAAAACUUUAUUAGGAGAUGAUAUGGGGAAAUUCCCUGCUCCGUUGUUAAUGAAUACCAUCCAUUUUUCAAUGCAAGCUGUUUUGUCAAAGGGCAUUACAUGGUUUUGGUCGGACAGAUUUCAACCCUCUGGUAUGUCAUGGAAGGAUUACUUUGUGAGAGUUGUACCGACAGCUCUCAGCACUGCACUGGAUAUAAAUCUGAGUAACCUAUCUCUGGUUUUCAUCUCUGUUACAUUUGCCACCAUGUGUAAAUCUGCAGCACCAAUAUUUCUCCUUCUUUUUGCCUUUGCUUUCAGGUUGGAGUCACCGAGCUUUAAGCUGCUUGGCAUCAUGACUGUCAUUUCUGCGGGGGUACUAUUAACGGUUGCAAGAGAGGCAGAAUUUGAGUUUUGGGGUUUCAUAUUUGUUAUGCUUGCUGCUGUCAUGUCUGGGUUUCGCUGGACAAUGACACAAAUUCUCCUCCAGAAAGAAACCUAUGGUCUUAAAAAUCCACUUACUUUGAUGAGCUAUGUGACCCCUGUAAUGGCAAUUGCAACUGGUCUUCUUUCUUUAAUGCUCGAUCCAUGGCAUGAGUUCAGAAAGAGCGAUUACUUCAAUAGCUCAUCACAUAUUCUGAGAAGUAGUUUGCUGAUGUUGUUCGGUGGCACCCUAGCUUUCUUCAUGGUACUAACGGAAUAUAUUCUUGUGUCGGUUACAAGUGCAGUAACAGUAACAAUAGCAGGGGUCGUGAAGGAAGCUGUUACUAUUUUGGUGGCCGUGCUGUAUUUCCAUGACCAGUUCACCUGGAUGAAAGGGCUCGGCCUUCUGACGAUAAUGGUCGGUGUCAGUUUGUUUAACUGGUACAAAUACGAUAAGUUACAGAAGGGAGAGAAAUCUAUCGAGUCACCAACAGAUAAUGCAGCCUCAAAAUACGCUAUCCUCGAUGAGAUGGAUGAGGAAGAAGAUAGCCCUUUAAAUCCGAAUCAUUGAACUCGAGUCGAACGAAUCAAGCCCUCGUGUUGUGAGCGUUGGAUUUUCUUACGGGUCGUACAUCGUUGAUUCAAUUCUAGGAAGGAUCAGACGUUUGGAAUACUGGAUUUUUUGGUGAUUUAUCUCUGAAUCAAGAUCGUUACCGCAAAAGAGUGUAAAGUUUAAACAAAUUUUUACCAUAAGAUAGCAGCUUACCAUAUUCAUCAUAUUUUGUUGGUCUUCAGCUUCUGGUUGUAUUCUAUCUUGUAUAACUACAACUUUUUAUCAAUAUUCAAAGAAUUAUCAGCCAA